AUGGGAGCAUUGCCUCGAGCUCGUGUUGCAAGUAUCAAAGCGUUUGCACAGGUAGGAGUUGACUUUGCAGGCCCUUUUUGGGUAAAGGCCGCUUUGUUACGACCAAUUCAAGCCACAAAAGGUUACCUGUGUAUAUUUGUCUGUAUGGCAACUCGAGCAGUUCAUCUCGAACUUAAAUUGAUUAAGUCCGACGAAGUAGAGAGAGGUCUUGCGACCCACCAGAUAAGAUGGCAUUUGAAUCCACCCGCUGCUCCACAUAUGGGUGGUCUAUGGGAGGCAGCAGUAAAAUCCGCUAAGACCCUCUUACAUCGAACGAUCAAAGAACAAAUUCUGACCUACGAAGAGUUGAACACCAUCUUUCACCGAAUUGAGGCAAUAUUAAACUCACGUCCAAUAGGUUCCAUGUCAUCAGAUCCUAACGACCUACAACCACUAACCGCUGGACAUUUUUUAACGUUAGAACCAAUCGUUACCAUGCCGACGCCAGAUACAAUUAAAACCUUACCAAAGCUGGGACUUCACCAACGCUGGAAACUAGUCCAACAACUGCAACAACAUUUUUGGGAACGUUGGCAGCAGGAAUACUUGCAUACAAUUCAAACCAAAUCCAAAUGGAACAAAAUUGAAACCAACCUGGCGCUAGGGGACCUUGUAAUUAUUAAGGAACCAACUCCACCCCUCACAUGGAAAACGGCUCGAGUGGUAGAAGUCUUCCCAGGAGAGGACAAAAUAGUUCGAGUCGCCAACGUCCGGACCGCAGAGGGAAAAAUUGUAAAACGUCCAGCGGUGAAACUGUGUCGCUUGCCAUUAACUUUUGAAGGUAACUAG